CAGCGAAACGCAUAAGACCGUCGACUUACGCCUCCAUAGUUCGUCCCGAGCAUCCACCACUCCCCAGGUCCCCAACAAUGGCGCCCGCAAGCGAGAUCCCCAAGCGCGAUUCGGAACAGCUUAUACCGAUUCGGACACAAAAAAAGGAACCCGAUGACUGGAAGGGUCUCACGGACUCAAAGGAACGGCGACGGCGCCAGAACAGGAUCAACCAGAGAGCCUAUCGCCAACGUAAACGAGCCGAAAAGCUCGGCCUGACCAUCAAACCCGAAGAAGCCGAGUCCAGCACAGCAUCGUCAUCCUCAUCUUCAUCGCAAUCCCCACCCACAACCGCCCUAACCACUGCCCGAUCAAACUGUCCCACCCCCGAGCAAACCGCCGCUAUCCUCGACCUCUUCAGCAAAACCGCUUACCAGAGCUACAUCCUCGGUUCCCCGACCUCCGACCACCUCCUCACCCUCGCCAAAGUCAACGUCUUCCGCGCCUUCGGCUCCAUCAUGACCACCCUCGGCAUGCCUAAACACCACGAAUGGAUGCACGACGACGCAAUCUCUCCCUUCACCACCCUCCGCCCCGGCUUCACCAUCCCCUCCACGAUCCCCCCUAACCUCCGCCCGACCCAACUCCAACAAUCCACCCCCCACCACCCCUGGCUCGACUUCUUCCCGCACCCACGAAUGCGUGAUAAUCUCAUCCGCGCCGGCGACUUCGACGAUGAACCGCUGUGCCUGGAUAUCAUGGGGUUCUGGGAUAUGAGCACCGAGAGCUGCGGGUUGUUGGUGUGGGGGGAUCCACAGGAUCUGGCGAAUUGGGAGGUGAGUGAGGAGUUUAUUCGGAAGUGGCCGUGGGUGGUUGGGGGCUGUGGGGAGUUGUUGGUUUCUACGAAUCGUUGGCGUGCGAUGAGGGGGGAGAAGUUGAUUUUUAGAUAUCUUUAGC